AGAGCUGUCCCAGCUCAGCAGGAGACCUCUGUGCCUUACCAGGGUGUCCUUGGGAGUGACAAACUCCAAGGACAAGGAGCAGCAACGUACCCCCUGCCCCUUCUGCUGCCCCCCCACAACCAGGGGGACCCCGAGCUGAUGUUCAGGGGUCCAAAGAGGAGCUUCUCAGAGGUUCCAAAGGCUCUUUGGGUGCAUGUAGGGGGUCAGCCUGGAGGGUCUCAGUGGCGUCUCAACACCUGGGGACCCAGGUGGCACCAGCAGAGGUGGGAGAGCGGUGGGCCCUGCCCCUGCAGUGCUGUUGACACCCAUCACUGCCACCUCCACGGGGGCAUCCCGUGGUGACAGAUCCCAUGGAUCCCAUGCUGACACACCCCCCCAGCCCCUCUGCUGAGCCCAGAGGGACAGGGCAGGGCUGGGGCACCGUGGGGACGCCUUGGAGCAGCCCCCCGUCCCCCCCGUCCCUCCCCAAUCCCAUGGACGAGCUGCUGCCUGGGGAGGUGUCAUGGCGGCCCCUGUGCCCCGGUAGGUGUCAUGGCGGGCGCAGGAACCGGAAGAGCCGCGUCACGUGAUGCUCCCUCUUCCGGGUACGGGCGGUGGGAGCGCCCGGUAGUGGCGGGGAGGGCACUGGGAGAACUGGGGAGAACUGGGGAGAACUGGAGGGGAACUGGGGGCACAAGGAGCUCGAGGGGUGCCCAGAAAAGGGCACUAGGGGCCCACAGGGGGUGCAGGAAUAACUGGGGAUGCUGUCGCGGGGCCGGCGGCUCCUGCGCUCCUGGAAAUCCCUGUUCACGGGGAGGCUCCUGCUCCUCACCAACACCCUGAGCUGCGGGGGCCUCCUGGCAGCUGGAGAUUCCCUGCAGCAGGAAUGGCACCACCGGAGGCACCCGGAGAGCCAACACCAGCUGGGCCGUACUGGUCGGAUGUUUGCCGUUGGCUGCAGCAUGGGCCCCUUGAUGCACUACUGGUACCUCUGGCUGGACUCGGCGUUCCCGGCCCGGGGCGUGCGGAGCCUCCGGACGGUCCUGAAGAAAGUCCUCAUCGACCAGCUCGUGGCAUCGCCCGGCCUGGGCGCCUGGUACUUCCUGGGCAUCGGCACCCUGGAAGGUCAGUCUCUGGAGGAGAGCUGGGACGAGCUCAAGGAGAAAUUCUGGGAGCUUUACAAGGCCGACUGGUGCGUGUGGCCGGCGGCUCAGCUGCUCAACUUCCUCUUCGUCCCUCCCACCUACCGGGUGGUUUAUGUCAACGUGGUCACCCUGGGCUGGGACACCUACCUGUCCUACCUCAAAUACAGGCCUAGAGCCGCCCCAAGCCCCAAGCAGGACUCUCCUCAGGAGGAGCAGCAGCGCAGUGCCAGGGCAUAGAGAGGUGGAUGUGGCGCUUCCAGAGGCUCCUGCCUGCAGCAAAUGGCAUUUUUGGGGGGGGCAUUGUGGCCCCUGGGGAUUGAUCAACCCAAGGGGAGUGAUGGCUGGAGACCACCAAGGCCAGACCCCCCCCCAGCCACGUGCCUCUUGCUGAUUAACUCAUCUGCUAAUUAGGAUGGGUUGGGGUUGUGUUGGUAACAAUCUCCUGUUGCAGGAUGACCUGUAAAGUGAUUUCUUCUGGGAUUUACCCCUGGAGCCGGGGUGAGGAGCUGCUGCAGCCCCCAGGAAGGGCUCUGGUGCUUUCCCUGGCUGCUCCAGGCUGGAUUUGUUCCCUCUCUCCAGAGCAAACUUGCUCCUCUCCAACCUCCUCAGAUCCACUCCAGCCACUCAGAUCCUCACUAAUUAAUCAGGAAGGAAUUCUUCCCUGUGAGGGUGGGCAGGCCCUGGCACAGGGUGCCCAGGGAAGCUGUGGCUGCCCCUG